CUCUCCUUGAAGAUUUGCUCGUGACACCCUUGGAUCUUCAUCAUGGUUGCUCUUCAAGUAUUGCUUACGGCUGUAGUAUAUGGCCAUGUCGUCGCGGCUCAAUGCCCAUAUAUGGGCGGUGAACUCAGAGCCCGAGAUGUCCCCGCGUCGACCGACGAUUUUCUCAAGCAAUAUGAGGUCGAUGACACUGAUGUCGUUCUGACCAGCGACGUUGGUGGGCCGAUUUCGGACCAAGAAAGCCUCAAAGCUGGCGGGCGUGGCUCUACGCUGCUGGAAGAUUUUAUCUUUCGCCAGAAGAUACAACAUUUCGAUCACGAACGCGUGCCAGAACGAGCAGUCCAUGCUCGUGGUGCCGGUGCUCACGGUAUCUUCACUUCUUACGGCGACUGGUCAAAUAUCACCGCGGCAUCAUUCCUUGGCUCCAAGGGCAAAGAGACACCCGUCUUCAUCCGCUUCUCCACCGUUGCUGGCAGCAGAGGCUCUCCAGAUACCGCUCGGGAUGUCCACGGAUUUGCUACUAGGUUCUACACCGAUGAAGGAAAUUACGAUAUCGUCGGCAACAAUAUCCCCGUGUUCUUCAUUCAGGACGCUAUCAAGUUUCCUGACCUCAUUCAUUCUGUGAAGCCCUCUCCGGACUCGGAAAUCCCGCAGGCUGCUACAGCACAUGACACAGCCUGGGACUUUUUCAGCCAGCAGCCAAGCGCCUUGCAUACUCUUUUUUGGGCCAUGUCGCCAAAUGGCAUUGUCAGGUCUUUCCGUCAUAUGGACGGGUUCGGUGUCCAUACUUUUAGAUUUGUAACAGACGACGGUAAGACCAAAUUAGUAAAGUUCAAGUUCCGCACGCUGCAAGGCAAGGCCAGCUUGGUAUGGGAAGAGGCCCAAGCUACGUCCGGGAAGAACUCGGAUUUCCACAGACAGGACCUUUUCGACUCCAUUGAAAAGGGGAGGUUCCCGGAGUGGGAGUUCGGCGUACAAAUCAUGGACGAGGAGGGCCAGCUCCGCUUUGGCUUUGAUCUUUUGGAUCCAACAAAGAUUGUCCCCGAAGAGCUUGUACCUGUCACACCACUAGGAAAACUUGUGUUGAAUCGCAACCCGAGGAACUACUUCGCGGAGACUGAGCAGAUAAUGUUUCAACCAGCGCAUAUCGUAAGAGGAAUUGAUUUUACGGAAGAUCCCCUCCUACAAGGCCGGCUGUUCUCGUACCUUGAUACUCAACUAAACCGCAACGGAGGACCGAACUUCGAGCAACUACCAAUCAACCAACCUCGCGUACCAGUACACAACAACAACCGGGACGGCGCAGGCCAAAUGUUCAUUCCCCUCAACACUGCCGCCUACAGCCCCAACACGCUCAACAAAGGCUCGCCUGCGCAAGCCAACGAAACUAUUAACAACGGCUUUUUCACCGCGCCCUCCCGCGGCGCCUCGGGCAAGCUCACCCGCGCCGUCUCCCCCACCUUCGCCGACGUCUGGUCGCAGCCCCGCCUCUUCUUCAACUCGCUGCUCCCCACCGAGCAGCAAUUCCUCAUCAACGCAAUCCGCUUUGAAACAUCCAAUCUCAAAUCAACCGUCGUGAAGAACAAUGUUUUAAUCCAGCUUAACCGUAUCAGUCACGAUGUGGCCGUUCGCGUGGCGUCCGCUAUCGGGCUAGAGGCGCCUGCGGCCGACGAUACGUACUACCACAACAACAAGACGAGCGGGGUGAGUGUGUUUGCGAAGAAGUUGCUGAAGUUGGACGGGUUGAGGGUAGCUUUUUUGACGACCGGGAAGGGGGAUGAUUCGAGUCUCAAGGGGUUGAAAGACGCAUUUGCGAAGGAGAAUGUGGAUGUGGUCGUCGUUGCGGAGGUGUUGUCUGAGGGUAUCGACGUCACCUACGCGCUCGCUGAUGCCACGGCGUUCGAUGGGAUCAUCGUCGGGGAUGGGACAAAAGCGCUCUUCUCGACCGCGCAGGGGUACGGCAAUGGCACCGCGGCGUCGACGCUGUUCCCCGCGGGUCGGCCGUUGCAGGUUCUGCAGGAGGGGUAUAGGUACGGGAAACCGGUUGGCGCGGUUGGAGAUGGGACGGCGGCGUUUGCGGCAGCGGGUAUCAAGGAGGGUGAUGGGGUCAUCUUGCAGAAGAGCGGUGGGGAUUUGAGCAAAGAUUUCUUGGAGAGUCUAAGGAGUUUCAAGAUCUUGAGCCGGUUCCCGUUGGAUGCGUAGGGUAAGGGCGGUUGGUGUGUAGAAUGCAGAUUAGGCUACAUAUUUAAUCACCGAUGUCUUGCUAGCUGAGAUAUCUCUUAUAGUGCUGUCAAGCAAACGAGAUUAGAGCCCAGGCAGUGGGGUUCACGUGUUUAGCCCCGUUC